AUGGCCCACUACCCAGAACAGAUUGCGCAAGCAGAAUCAGGAUCAUCCCAAGGAAAUGAGAGAGUCGAAUUGUACGAUCUCAACUGCCAGGGACACGUUGGAAUCGUGGCUGGUCUACUGGACACGUUUCACAAGGCGUUUGCACCUAGCAAAGAUAAAAACCAACAGUUCCUGGACAUAGGAUGUGGUUCCGGACGACUGACAGCUGAGUGCCUGCUCCCACACUGCCCACCAUGCAGAAGGCUCGUGGCCGUUGACAAAUCCUCUGCAAUGCUGAAGUUUGCGGCCAAAAAUUACCCACACACGAAGAUUGUAUACCUCGUGCUCGACAUUGUGCAAGACGUGGAGGAGUUUAAGCGUGAACAAGGACAGUUCCAGCGAGUUUACUCUUUCCUCACUUUACACUGGAUGCGUGACCAGCAUCGGUGUUUGAGCAAUAUCGAGAGACUCAUGGCUCCCGGAGGAGAGUGCUUCCUGUUCUUCAAGAGAAGUGUGCAUUUCUUCGCCCUCUUUGAAGCGAUGAUCAGUUCGCAGCGAUGGUCAAAAUACAGCCAGGACCUUCGGAGGUUUCUCCACCUGAUUUAG